AUGUUUUCUGAAUCAAAUGUUGGACAAGGCUUUAGCCUAUAACCUGCUGGCUACAUUCCUGACAAUAGUGGCAUGGGCAACUUUGGUGGUAUGCAAACUGGCAAUAUUAGAAGAAACGUAGGCUAGAUGGACCAAGUUAAAAAACCGAAGGUGUUUGCCCCAGUCACUCUUAAAAUGGUUUAAUAGUCUUAGCCUAGGCCUGAUGAUCAAUGCGAAUAUGAUGGAGAUACCAUUAAUGACAUCAUUAUAGUUGGCAGACUGCUUAAAAGAAUUGAAGAACCAAUGAGAACAUAAUUUGAAAUAAACGAUAACACUUGCACAUUUCAUGUACUUUUCUACCACAAAGGGGAGAAUUAAGUGCCAACAGCUCUUCGAAACUUCAGCUUCGAGUAGUUCUCUUACGCUAAAAUCUAUGGAAACAUCAGAGUAUUUAAAGAGGAAAAAGCAAUUGUAGGGACUCACAUCAAGAGAAUUGAUAAGUUUGAUGAAGUCACUAAUCACUUCCUCUCAGUCUUUAUCUCUCAUUGCAUCAGAAAAAAGGGAAUCUUGAAGCCAAGAGAACUAGCUAUGGAUACCAAUCCAGUUAUUUAAUCAGGAAUUAUUAAUCCGCAAGAAUAAAUGCAGGUUGAUUCUCACCACGGCGGUGGCCAUAAUAAUAAUAAUUAUCACCAAAAAUCCUACAACAAUCAAUCUUACCAUAACAAAUAGUCAUCAUAUGGCAACAAUCACCAAUAAAAUUCCUCCUAUAAUUCUGAGAUGAGCGAAUCUGACAUAUAAAAGACUAUCUUGAAUAUGGUGUAAAAAUUGCAGUAAAAAAGCACAUUCGCUCACAGAGACGAAUUAAGAUAAAUGACAAAGACCAUUUGCAACGAUGAAAAAUUUGAAAAUGCUUUGCAUAAAUUGCAAAACGAUGGAUAAAUUGUACAGACUCAUGAUAACAAUUCAUUUUGUCUUGUAUGA